AUGGGAGACAAAAACCAUUUUGAGCAAAAUGGAAAUAACUCGAGGAAGAAGUCAAAAGAUUCGGAUUCAAAUACUAUGGACGAAAAAAAUGACCAAGGUGCUCCUGUAAAAGGAUACAAAAACAUUAAACCAGAUAAAGAUUUUAAAGGUUUCAAUAUAAUCGAUGAUAAAAAUACCAGGCGCGUGAUUGCACCAUACCUCCAUGUGGUUCGGCGUGGUGAUGUGGCGGUCACCGAGAAGAAAGGCGAAGUUGUGGGAAAAGCGUUCCAAAAGCAUAUCGAUAGAAAACCAAGUGUCUUGAUCAAAGAUUUAUCGAAAUUCCUAUCGGAUACAGUGGAUAUACCAUCUCUACUUCACGAGACAUCGGACGUGCUCAAACACGUAACAAACAGCACAGGCGUCGUUUUGUAUAUGGUGGAUGAAUACAAUAAUGAGAUCUAUCAGAGCCCUAAAUACACUGUUAACUAUGGCAGACACAAGGUGUCCUGGAAGAUAGGCACCGGACGCACAAUAGCGGCCUAUGUGGCAGCCAAAAAGGAAUUUGUAAAAGUAGAUGAUGUACUGGCCGACGAACGGUUCCCGGAGGGCGUGGGGUGGAAAGGACCGACCAUCAAGGCCGUCAUGUGCGUGCCCGUCAUAACGCCGGACGCCGAUUGUUUUGCGGUUAUAGAGCUUUAUAAAGAAACGGAAGAACCUUUUACUCAGAAGGAUCUCGAAACCGUGAUAGCUGUAACCGGUUGGAUGGGCGCGUCUGUUCACCAGAACCAGAGGCGUUUAGCUCUGCAGCGUCAGCAGAAGCUGAACGAAUAUCUUUUAGAGCUAACUACUUGUUAUUUUACACACAACGUAGAAAUUGAGAAAAUGAUCUCCGAAAUUGUGCAAUUCGCCAAAACGACGCUGACAGCGGAGCGCGGUUCAUUUUUCGUGGUGUGUCGAGAUGAGGGCGAUAACUUGGUGGCGGAUCUGUUUGACGAAGGUCUCGAUCAAACUGGAGGAUCGUUGCACAAGAAAAAAAUGAAGAUAAGAUUCAAUAAGGAACGUGACGUUGCGGGCGUCGUGGCGCGCACGGGACAAACCGUCAAUAUUCGUGAUGCGUACGCCGACGCCAGGUACAACGUGGACAGCGACACCAAGACGGGGAACAUAACGCGGUCCGUGCUCUGCACACCCAUCAUGAGUAAGGACACCGUACUAGGUAUUCUCCAAGUCAUAAACAAGAAGAGCAACAAAUAUUUUGACAGAGAGGAUGAAAGUUUGUUUAAAACUUUUGCUGUAUAUUGUUCGCUUGCAUUGCACUACUCAAAAGUAAAUGCAUCAAAGUUGGAAGCGGAGAAAAAAUGCAAUGUAUAUCGAGAUCUGUUAUCUUUCCAUAUGAGACCAACUAUAGCCGAAGUACGUCCAUUUUUAACUCAUCCAUAUCUUAGUGAACCACCAAAUGGUUUUGAUGAAUUCUCCUGGUACGUGUAUCCUGAUCACAUGGCUCAAAUGUCCCAACUGAUGUAUUACAUGAUAGUAUCGAUAUGUGGUGAUCGGUUUCCCGACAUGAACGUCAUGGCCAAUUUCUUAAUUAUGACCCGGAAAUCCUAUCGUGACAAUGCGUAUCAUAACUAUGAGCAUGCAUUUAACGUUACACACUGUAUGUAUGCGAUACUUUUGCGGAAUUCGGAAAUAUUUACGGAUCUUGAGGCUAUGGGUCUAAUAUUUGCUGCUAUAUGCCAUGAUGCUGAUCAUCGAGGAUUUACAAAUAGUUACAUGCAAUUAUCAAAUGAUCCACUAUAUCAGUUGUACGGUGAAGCCACAAUGGAACACCAUCACGUAUUCAUUGCCAUGAUUAUAAUAGAUAUCAGUGGAAUUUUCGAUCAACUUCCCAAAGAACAUUACGUAUAUUUGAAACAAGAAAUAGCCGAAAACAUACUAUCGACCGACCUUCUAUCCCACUUCCGUGCCCGAGCGCGCCUUCUGAACAUUCUAAAAAGCGGGACAUUCGAAUUCGAGAAUCAAAGUCACAAAGUGCUUUUGAAAAGUACGAUGAUGACAUGCUGCGAUCUGUCUGGUAAUUCCAAGCCAUAUAAAUCUGCUAAGAGAGUUUGCGAAAAUCUUAUGAAAGAAUUUUUCAAUCAGGGUGAUAACGAGAAAGAGAUGGGUUUAUCUCCACUUUCAUUAAUGGAUCGUGAUAAGCAGCACAUGAUACCGCAAGAUCAGAUACAGUUUAUUAAUGUUAUUUGUCAACCGGCGAAUGAAUUACUGGCUGCAAUUUUUCCCAACUGCGAAGCGCUCUAUACUCUUGCAAAAACUUUGAUGAAAAAUGAUUCAACGUCAGAAGUUGUACUUUUGAUGUACAUAGAUUUGCAAGAAUCAUGGCGAGAAGUAAUACAACUACGAAAUCAUAGAGUAUGGAAACCUGAUGAUUCGGUGCCUACCAGGAAAAAAGUAGCACUUAAAGGCGACGAUACAUUGUAA